AGCCAACCCCCACAACGCACCAAGAUGAGCAACACCACGCCGCCCUGAUCGGCCGCUUUCCCCAUGUCCCGAGGCUCUGCGCAAGGGCGGCCACCCCAUCGUGCUGCUCAAAAUCCCUUCCACUCGACAUGGGUCCGCCUCCUUCGGUAUCGCUCUCCUCUCUACCUGCACCUCAAGCUCUAUGUCCUGACCUCGCUCGUGUCCCUCGUCGUUGCGAGGCCCGUCUCUCGGACAGUUGAAGCUGCGGCAGAGGAAGUGGCAGAGCAGAUACGAUGGCAAAAGGGUGCAAAAGAGAGGCCGAGACGGGUCGUGGAAGCCUCCGUAGUGAGGGCAUCGACCGACCCGCCGAGCACUCUGAGAAGGUGGCGUCACCGAAUGAAGGAUCUAGCCGGCGUGCGCGGUCUCGUCGCUCGAUCUGGUACAGACACGCUGAGGUAUCCAGAGAUUGGCAAAGAGGCGAUGGUCAGGACUUCAGGCUUUGACGCUUCACCAGAAGCUACCUUCUUGGCUGCUCGACUAAGUCAGGUCGCGCCGGCUCUUUCAUCAUACCUUCAAGCGUCACCAGAGUCUAUCAGCGCCUCAUCCACGCCAGUCAUCGCCGUAGGAGGCUCGGGCGGCGGCUUUCGAGCAAUGGUCUCCUACGCAGCCUUCCUGCACCACCUGCAGGGCGCCUCGCUCCACUCUCUCUGGCCACUAAUCAGCUAUACCUCAGGCGUCUCAGGCUCAUGCUGGACACUGGCCUCUCUCUAUACUCACGCAAACCUUUCGACAUCUGAGCUGCUCCGACAUUACGUGGCGCUGGCGUCGGAGGAGACACACCCGAUGUCGCUGCAGGCCUUCGAUAGGGUCGCACGGUCGAGGAGGGGCAGCUACUUUCUCCUUGGACCGCUACUGCGCAAGAUGGCCGAGGGAGCGCGAGGUGGGGGCGUCAUGGACCUUUAUGCUACGCUCACGACGAGUUUCCUUCUGCUGCCUAGAGGCAACGAGAUGGGCAACGCGCCUCCUAAUGAGGAAGGAGUCACGCCGCAGUCUAUGGUCGGACUGAGCCGAGAGUCUAUGGCCUGGUCAAAGCUGUAUCAGCGUUACGGUAUGGCAGAAGGCAGGGCUCCUCUACCUGUCUUGACCGCAGCCAGCGUAGCAAAAGGUGUAGAGGAGGAGAUGGCGGUGCUGCCUGUCAGUCCUCGCAGCUCCACAUCGCUCCCGAUCUCGAGCAAAGUGAUCAAAAGCAAGGUGCAUUGGUGGGAGGCGACACCGCUCGAGAUAGGCUCCAGCGACGUACACCGCCGACUGCCCGGCGAUGAAUCGGGCGAUGCAGGCAGAGGCGCAUUCAUCCCAACCUGGUCAUUUGGCCGUCCGUUCAACGCGGGCCGCUCCCUAGCCUCGACAGGAGAGCCAUCACUCAGCUUGCUCGUAGGACACUGCACAUCAGCGCCGGCCGGCCCUCUGACAGGGUACAUCACCGCUCUGCUGGGCACUUUGCCCUCCCAUACGUUGGCUAGCUGGGCGUUGCGCAAGCUGAAUGAUUUUCUGCUCAUGCGUCGAUGGCGCCGUAGGUGGGGCAACCCGAUACGGAGCAGCGCUGAGUGGAAUCCAUUCUACGGGAUGCAUCGCUGCACAGGCAACGAGACCCACUCUUCCCUUGUCGACCAGCCAGACGUGACCCGCAAGCUCAAGCUCAUGGAUGCAGGCAUCUCCAACAAUUUGCCAGCCCACGUCUUCUACCAGCAGCAAGGCUCGUCAUGUCGCUCAGUCGACAUAUUCAUCGGCUUUGAUGCUUCGAGCGAUGUCGGAUCGUGGAAGAGCUUGCAGCGCGUCCAAGACUUUGCGCAAGAUCGAGGUCUGCGCUUCUUCAUGGGACCCGAAGAGGAGCAAGGGGGGAGUACAGGGCUUGCCAGAUGGUUUCGCGCGAAGACGGGGAGCGACGAAAGGCACGACGCCGGAGCGUCUGACCACGAGAGUGAAGGUGUCGAGCUGAGCUACUUCCUCGACACAAUGCGGCACAUUGAGGCCCAGGCCAGCAAGCAGGCGUCAGCUCUUGAUCAAUGGCCGGCAAAUACGCCCUGCGUCGUUCUCGACGGCUACGCGAAUCACACCUCCCCGUCGUCGCCCGCCUUGCCACCUCGUCUCAUUUACAUCUACGUCCCUCUCCUGCUCCCGCCUUCACGCGGUAAAGACGAGGAUUGGAGCUUCGCCACGGUGUAUAAUCUCGUUUGGACGCGCAAGGAGACUCGACGCGUCAUUGAAGCUGUUCAUCGCCAGCUGACGAGCAAGUCAGGGGGUGACUCGCAGCAGAGCAAGCUCAGUGACUUUGAUGCAAAAGUCAAGCAGGUGGUCGCGCGUGUGACGGCAGUCAAGGGACGUUCAGAUAUCCAUACUUGCACCAGGACAGUGCAAAGACGUGCGUCCCGAAUGAUGAUUGAGUGAAUUCGAUGCUUUCUAGAAAUGGACCGGGUGUCGCAACCGCUUCUCGCCACCUCUGCCUUGCGGCGCUCUCAAAUUUCUCCCCUCGUUCGGUCGCCAUCCUCAUAAUCUUCAUCAUCAUCCCCACCAACAUUGCUCGCACUAGCACUAGGCCCCAAGCUGCUACUCCCAUCACUGCUCCUGCUCCGCCCGUCAUCCGUAUCUGCGUCCGCCACUUCCUCCUCAUCUUCUCCAUCUGCAAUCCCAAUAUCACUCUUGCCCCCUCCGACGCCCUCGCUGCGAUUCGUCGUCGUACUCGCGCUAUUCACGCUGCCUGCGCUGUGUCU